AUGAAAAUUUACUAUAUAGAUUAUAAUAUUUUGUUAUUUCUUUAUUUAUUGUUUUUUAUAAAUAAUAUUGUUAUUUCAAAUUCUAAUUUUAAUGGAAUUUCUAUUUCUAACAAAAAUUACAGUAUAGAAGAUAUAAUUUUUUAUAAAGCAGAUAAAAACAAAGCUUCAAAAAGCUUAAGAAGUAAUAGUACAUCUAUUGUUUUAGCUGUCAAAAAUAAAAAAUUGCCAAAAACAAAACCUUUGACGAAAAAAACAACAUUGUUUUCAGAAUGGGACUCAAAGACAUCAAGAAUUGUAUGUCAAUUUUUUGUUUUUGGUACAUUGUUUGGUGUUGUGUGUUCUAUCAGCGCAUGUGCAUGUUUGCUUCAACCAAAAAAUAGACAUGAGAUACCAGAUAUUUCUAUAGAUCUACCGCCUCCAACAUUAAAAGAUGAUGGUAAACCUAUUAGAAUUCAAUUUGGUGAUGAUGGUCUUUGUUAUGCACAUAUUUUAGAUGAUAAAGAAAUACCCCCAUUACCAGAUUAUUAUUCAGCACUUUCAUUACCUAAUGACAUUAUAUCAUCUUUACAUAGGCAAAUGAUUAUUUUAGGCUUAUUAGAAGAAGAAAGUACCAACAAAUCUAUAAUUAAUAAUCAACACGCUUCAAUUAAUAUUUAA